UGCACAAGUUAUUGAGUCUCUACCCUAAUGCUGUUUGCGAAUGUGGACGGCUCAUGGAUAGGACGAUGCAGUUGUCAGAGAAGACUGAAAAAAAGUUAGUUUUUGAUGCUCAAGAUAGAGGAGUGUUUGUUAAAGGACUGAACCAAUUUAUAAUAAGUGAUGAACUACAAGUAAAGCCCUCAUCAAUAGAAGCAAGCGUUUCUGUACUAUCCAAGCUAGGACUCACGGACUGUAGCAGCAUUGAGGAGUAUAGCUACUACAACAUCGACGUAGGAGUAGAUGAGGUUCUCACUUUGCUCAAGUGCUCACUGGUAUCAAAGAAACCUUUGACAGAAUUUUUGUUGAAACAAAAUUCAGCACCAAAGUUCGGCAAAGAAGAUUUUGAUCAGAAUAUCUAUGUUGAGUCUACAGUGGAAGAACCAGAAUCAAAUGUGGAUGGGAAGAUUCAUGUAAAGCUUAUUAUCAGCAAAUCCAAGAAAAUGGUUUGUUUUGCUGAAGCAAGUAAAGAAUUUGUUGAUUUAGUUUCCAGUUUCCUAACUGUUCCACUUGGUUAUAUAAUAAAAGAAAUGCAGAGUGGCUUUUCAAAAGGAUCAUUAACUCACCUGUACACUAGUGUUAAGGAACUCGAUACUGAGAAAUACCUGAAAUCUGAUGAGCACAAGAAAAUGCUCAUCAGUCCGAAGUUCGCCCCUUAUUUUAGCUAUGAGAACCAUCCUUUAGGCAUUGAAGAAGGUUUGCACCCAACAUACUGUGCUACAGAAUAUUGUGAUGUAUCUCCUUUUCGUUAUGCAUUGACUUCUGGUGAGCAAAUUCUUUCUGGAUGGGAAUGGAGACGGUCAAUUUUAACUGUCAAGGAUCCUAAGUCUCAUUUUAAAGAAGCCAGAAGAGGAGGAUUUGUGACUGGAUCAACAAUGUUUACCGUAACUGACAAUCUGAUCAUCACACCCAUAUCUCAAUUCGAAAGUCUAUCUCUUCUGAACAAAUUGAAAGUACCUUUCAGCGAUAUUGAGGAGCGUUUUGUGCAUGUGGGCCGUGAGAAGGCUUUGCGUCUAUUGGUGGCUUCUUUUGUAUCUGAAUCUGCUCUGACCAAUGCCUUUCUGAGAGAGCCAAAUCCAUAUUUCAACUAAAAUAAGGAAUGUUGUUCAUGUGAGAACUAUUUAUAGUUUGUGUUAAAAUUUGUGUUUGUGCUCUGGUAUGCUCUUAGACCAGAAGGUAUUCCAUAUAAGUAUGUUACUACAGAGGAUUUGUAUUGUAUCUAUUUAUUGUGAGAUAGAUUUCCAAUUUUAGCUCCAACGUGGAUAGCAUUCAAAAGCAAAAGGAGUAUGAUCUGUUGUAAAGAACUGGAGGUAAAUUUGAUUUAUAACUAUAAACAAUAUAUGAGUCACGGCUACAAAAGAUUGAGAAACCAA